AUGUCGUACGGUGGACCCCCACAGAAUCAAUACGGCGGCGGCGCCGGUUACUAUGACCAGCAAGGCCAAGGACACUACCCCCCUCAGCAGGGUCAUUCCCCUCAACCACAGCAAGGCUAUUACCCACCAGAGGGCCAGCAGGCUUACGGUCAGCCCCAAUACGGCCAACAUCCAGGACCUUAUGAUCAACAAGGUGGCCAGGGCUACCAGACAUACCCACAACAGCACCAGCAGGGCCAUUACCCUCCCCAAGGCGGUCCUGGAUACGGACAGCAUGGACAGCCUCCCCAGGAUCGCGGCCACUCGCCAUACCCUCCCCAGCAACAGCAGUACCCGCAAAGUAGCGGCGGCGAGAGCUCCUCAUACUAUGGCGGCGCACCCCCGCACCAACAAGGACAGCCUGGUGCUGUAGGACAGGAGGGCGAUAGGGGCCUCGGGUCGACGCUGCUUGGUGGCACGGCUGGUGGGUUCAUGGGAAAUAAGCUUAACCACGGCCUCCUUGGUACUGCGGGUGGUGCUGUUUUGGGUGCUGUUGGUAUGAACAUGGCAACCAAUAAACUGUGA